AUGAACACCAAGGACUGGCAAAAGGACCCCCGUCCUCGCUAUCUCGUUAUUAACGCUGAUGAGGGUGAGCCCGGUACCUGUAAAGACCGUGAAAUUAUGCGCAAGGACCCCCAGAAGCUUGUUGAGGGUUGCUUGGUCGUCGGUCGUGCGAUGAACGCCAACGCCGCCUACAUCUACAUCCGUGGAGAGUUUUACGAAGAGGCCACCGUCCUCCAGAAGGCCAUCGAUGAGGCCUACGCCGCCGGCCUCAUUGGAAAGAACGCCGCCGGCACCGGUUACGAUUUCGAUAUCUUCAUCCACCGCGGAAUGGGUGCUUACGUUUGUGGAGAGGAGACCUCGCUGAUCGAGUCUAUUGAGGGUAAGGCUGGCAAGCCCCGUCUCAAGCCCCCCUUCCCCGCUGCCGUCGGUCUGUUCGGUUGCCCCAGUACUGUCACCAACGUCGAGACCGUCGCCGUUGUCCCAACCAUCAUGCGCCGUGGCGCCAGCUGGUUCUCGUCUUUCGGCCGCGAGCGUAACGCCGGUACUAAGCUGUACUGUAUCUCCGGCCACGUCAACAACCCCUGCACUGUCGAGGAGGAGAUGUCCAUUCCCCUACGCGAAUUGAUCGACAAGCACUGCGGUGGUGUCCGUGGCGGCUGGGACAACCUCCUGGGAGUUAUCCCCGGUGGUUCAUCCACUCCAGUUAUUCCCAAACAUGUUGCCGACAACCAGCUUAUGGACUAUGAUGCUCUUAAGGAUUCCCAGACUGGUCUGGGUACCGCGGCCGUUAUUGUUAUGGACAAGUCCACUGACAUUAUUCGCGCUAUCACCCGCCUGUCGGCCUUCUACAGACACGAGUCUUGUGGUCAGUGCACCCCCUGCCGUGAGGGAAGCAAGUGGACUUUGCAGAUGAUGCAGCGUAUGUCGACCGGUAACGCUCGCGAGCGUGAGAUCGACAUGCUCCAGGAGUUGACCAAGCAGGUUGAGGGACACACUAUUUGCGCUCUGGGCGAGGCCUUCGCCUGGCCUAUCCAGGGUCUGAUCCGUCACUUCCGUCCUGAGAUGGAGGCACGUAUCGCAGAGUACCAGAAGGAGAUCGGCGGCGAAGUAUUUGCUGGUGGCUGGAAGCCAGACAGCCGUGCCGAGGGCAAGAUGAUCUCCCCUGCCAUGUAA